AUGGCGGCGACGAUGGUGGCGAUGACUGCGAGGAGCAAGAACAGCGUAUUAUCCAUGGAGAAGAAGCAGGGCUGGUCUAUUCAGCUCCCGGAGCUCCGGUUCCCUUGGGAUUCACAUGAAGACAAGGGCUUCUCUCUAAGUCUGCAAGGCUCUGGGCCUGCUCAUGGCGGCCUGUUUGCUAGCGUGGGUCUUAAAGUGUCGACGGGUGCGCCAGCAGUGGCGCCCGGUCCGGGCGACAAGGAUAUUAAGAUUCCGUUUGCUGAUCAUUGUAUGAAGUACGUGUCCGAGGCGGUUGGGUACAAGGUUAUUAGCACUAAGGCCGAGCCAGUGGAGGAGGAGGUGGUGGAUGCUAAGGCAAAGAAGGCAGCCAAGAAACGUGGGCUGAAGCUGAAAAUUCAGAUUGGGAACCCACAUUUGAGGAGGCUAGUUAGUGGAGCUUUUGCGGGCGCUGUUUCCAGGACUUGUGUGGCACCACUGGAGACAAUCAGGACUCACUUGAUGGUUGGGAGCAACGGUGACUCCAUGAUAGAGGUGUUCCAGUCAAUCAUGAACACUGAGGGGUGGACUGGGCUUUUCCGUGGGAAUCUUGUCAAUGUUAUCCGAGUUGCGCCAAGCAAAGCAAUUGAGCUGUUUGCUUUUGAUACUGCCAAGAAAUUCUUGACUCCAAAGGCUGAUGAGUCCCCAAAGACCUUCCUACCUCCAUCACUUGUUGCUGGAGCACUUGCUGGAGUCAGCUCAACCCUGUGCAUGUAUCCAUUGGAAUUGAUUAAGACCAGAUUGACGAUAGAGAAAGAUGUCUAUGACAACUUCCUCCAUGCUUUCGUCAAGAUUUUGCGAGAGGAAGGUCCAUCAGAGCUCUACCGUGGUCUGACACCAAGUCUGAUAGGAGUGGUGCCAUAUGCUGCGACCAAUUACUAUGCCUAUGACACCCUAAAGAAGCUCUAUAGGAAGACGUUCAAGCAGGAGGAGAUCAGCAACAUCGCAACUCUCCUAAUUGGUUCAGCAGCUGGUGCCAUCUCUAGCACUGCCACCUUCCCUCUCGAGGUGGCCCGCAAGCAAAUGCAGGUAGGAGCAGUAGGUGGGAGGCAGAUCUACAAGAAUGUGUUCCAUGCGCUCUACUGCAUAAUGGAGAAGGAAGGGAUCGGCGGCCUGUACAAGGGGCUCGGACCGAGCUGCAUCAAGCUGAUGCCUGCAGCGGGCAUCUCGUUCAUGUGCUACGAGGCCUGUAAGAAGAUCCUGGUCGAAGACAAUGAGGAUAGUGAGUGA